AUGGAGCCGACUAAAGAGCCCGAGACGCCGAUCGAGGCGCUGAAGGUCCUUCCGAACAAUACGCAUCGGAACUGGAUCAAGGACCGGGGGUUGCGAAAGCUGAACUUGGGAAUUGCGUUCAUGUUCGCGUCGUCUGCUGGGACGGGCUAUAACGGAAGCUUGAUCAAUGGGUUACUGGUGCUGCCUGAAUUUAAGAUGAUUAUUGGCGGCCUCGAGCCCAGUAUCAUCGGUCUGAUCAUCGCCGCGACCUCUCUCGGCGCCUUCAUAUCGUUCAUCCCGGCUUCAUAUUGCGCAGAUACAUUUGGACGGAAAUGGUGUGUUGGUAUUGGAUCAUGCUUGGUGAUCACAUCAUCUCUGGUCCAAAUCGGCGUGAAAAAUCACUGGAUAUUCUUCGGCAUGCGAGUUCUGGCUGGUAUCGGCGUCGGAACUGCACAAACAGCCGCGCCGUUGUUGGCGACGGAAAUCGCACAUCCUCGACAGCGACAAACAGCGACGGCUCUAUACAAUACCUGCUGGUGUGUCGGCUCGAUUGCAUCGGCAAGCAUUACAUUCGCGACCCUCUACAUGACGGGCAGCUGGUCGUGGCGAGUUCCUUGUCUUCUUCAAGCGGCAUACCCAGUCGUCCAGUUGAUUGGGCUGUUCAUUGUCCCUGAGAGCCCCCGCUGGUUGAUUUCGAAGAAAAAGACAACCAAAGCAUAUGCUAUUUUGGCAAAAUACCACGCGAAUGGUAGCAUGGAUGAUAUUCUCGUUCAGCACGAAUUUGACCAAAUCUGCAAGACUAUCAAUGCUGAGAACGCAACCACUAGCCACUGGAGCUCAUUCUUCUCGUCCAAGGGAGAUAUGCACCGCCUUUUCAUUUGUGUCCUGGCUGGACUUAUGCAAGAAUGGGGUGGAAAUGGUAUUGUAUCUUACUACCUGGCCCCCAUUCUGAGCUCCGUGGGAGUGACGCGAGCCUCAAACCAAGCUGCUGUCAACACUGGCUUGCAAAUAUGGAACCUUAUGUUCGCCUUUGUCGGCGCUGUGGCAUCUGAGCGAUAUGGGCGUCGUGUCUUGUGGCUUUUAGGCACAAGUAUCAUGUUGUUUUUCCUGUCCAUGACAACCGUCGUCGCGGGACUAUUCAUGGAGAAGCACAUCAAAUCUGCAGGUGUGGCCGUGGUGCCCAUGCUUUUCCUUUUCUUCACUGGAUUUGACAUGGCUUACACCCCUCUCUUCAUUGCAUACCCGGCCGAGAUCCUUCCGUUCCAACUGCGUGCCAAGGGCAUGGCUGUUGUAUUGAUGACGGAUGCUGCCGCAUGCUUUUUCAAUCAGUACGUCAACCCGGUGGCGUUCUCGGCUCUACAGUGGAAGUACUACAUUGUGUACGUGGGCUGUCUCAUUUUCUUCUUGACGAUGGUGUAUUUCUUCUUCCCUGAGACGAAGGGUCGAUCGCUGGAAGAAGUGGCGAGGAUCUUUGAUCAUGAUCACAAGCCAACGACCACGGUGGAGGAGAUCGAUGAGAAAAGUAGCGGGGAAGAUGAGAAGAAGUGA